GCUCCUCCUGCACUCCUCCAUCCUCCUGAUCACACCACUCACACUGCGACUGCUCCUGCUUCUGCUGGACGAAGUGUUUCCUGCUCUAGGUGCUCACAACUGUGCAAAUGCGAGAGCCUCAUGGCGGCUUUCAAAGGUAUCUGGACUAAAGUUUUCUGGCGUGCGGUCUCUGGCGAAUUCGUAGCCACGUUGAUCUUCGUCCUCAUCAGUCUGGGCUCCACCAUCAACUGGGCUUCGGGCACCGAGAAGCCGCCACCUGCCGAUCUGGUCCUCAUCUCGCUGUGUUUUGGACUGAGCAUCGCCACCUUGGUUCAGUGUUUCGGUCACAUCAGCGGAGGCCACAUCAACCCCGCCGUCACCACCGCCAUGCUGGUCACCAGGAAGCUGAGUCUCGCCAAGGCUGUGUUCUAUUUACUGGCCCAGUGUUUGGGAGCCAUCGCUGGAGCGGGGAUCCUCUUUCUGGUCACUCCGAGUGCUUUCAGAGGCAGCCUGGGUGUCACGACGGUGAACCAACAUAUCUCAGUGGGCCACGCCCUGGUCAUAGAGCUGCUGAUCACGUUUGAGCUGGUCUUCACCGUGUUUGCCACCUGUGACCACAAACGAAAUGACCUCAAAGGUUCAGCCAGCCUCGCCAUCGGUAUCGCCGUGGUCAUCGGCCAUCUGUUCGCGAUCCCGUAUACUGGAGCCAGCAUGAACCCUGCCCGCUCUUUCGGACCUGCGGUCAUCAUGAUGAGCUGGGAGAACCACUGGGUUUACUGGGUGGGACCAGUUCUAGGUGGCAUCCUGGCCGCCGCCAUGUACGAGUACCUGUACUGCCCAGACCCUGAGCAGAAAACAUGUUGCAAGGAGACGUUCGUCAAAGACUCAUCUGGAAAAUACAAGGAGGUGGAGUGUCCCAACACUUACUACGCUGGAGAUCCAGACGAUCUCAUGAUCAGGCCUGGUUCUUCAGAUGAGACUGAGAAAGAGGAGAAGAAGGAGGCCUUGCAGGAUCCGUCGGGCGACGUGUUGUCUUCCGUAUGACUAUCACGCCCGCUGGUGAAGGAGACCGACGUGUAAUGGGUUUCCAUCGGUCGUCUGAACUAUCACUACUGAAGGAAUUCUGUACUUCAUCUAACAAUGCUAACAAGGCUAACAAGGCUGACGUUUGUAAAUUACAGACAGUCUGAAGU